GAGGAGCUGGGCUGGCUGUACUCUGUGCAGUACGUAGUAUUAGAGGAAGGGGAUGAGAGGACAGAAGUUAUCAGAAGCAGAACAUGUUGAAGGAGAUCAGUGGUGAGGUGAUGAGGAAGAAGCCUGUGUGCUGAAUAAAGAUAAGGCGGGCGUGGACGGGUUACAGGUGGUGGAAGGAGGGGGAGCUGUUAUUAAAGUCCAGUAUGGGGUGUAGAUGUCCUAGAACUGACAUAAGAAGUAGGAGUGAGUGAGUGGGGGGGGGGAAGGGCCAGCCUACUGAGUGUUCAAGAGCUACUACCGGAGAAGUGUGACAAGUAGUUGUACAAGGACAGCAGCACACUGCAUAUGGCUGAGACCAUUGCUGGAACACAACGGCUUUUCUAAGGAAAACUCAAGCAUUUGGAGUAUUGGAUCAUCUCCUCCCGUGCACAGCUUUGAUAUUACAGACCAUUUCAGUGCAGUCAUUUAAAUAGAGUCACCAUGAGGCGGUCUAUUUUAAAAGUGGAAAGCAUACUACUACUAUGCGUGGGGCUGGUUGGUCUCUUGUUCAUUAUGCAAGAAAGUAAAGAUGGAAUAAAAAAAAUUGUUGAACAGCCUGUUCUUGCUCCUCAUAUUACUCAUGGACCUGUUGGACCUGUUACACUCCAAAAAAUUGAAUGGGUCUCUCAGUGUCAGGAGAACUCCUCAGUGGAAAGUAUUGAUGGAUUUUCCAAACUGCCUGAACACAUUAAAGACUUCUUGAGAUAUAGACAUUGCAGAAGCUUUCCACAGAUCCUUAACGCACCACAGAAGUGCGGUGGAAGAGCUGAAUCUAAAGGGGUAUUUCUGCUUCUUGCCAUAAAGUCUUCCCCUGGGAAUUAUGAAAGAAGAGCUAUCAUUCGCCAGACUUGGGGGGAGGAGAACAGCUAUAAUGGUGCCCAUGUCAGAAGGAUUUUUCUCUCUGGAACUGCCAAAAAUGAGAGGGAGAACAAUCAUUUGAGGCAACUUCUAAAAAUUGAAAGCGAAACCUACGGUGAUAUUUUACAGUGGAACUUCCAUGACACUUUUUUUAACCUGACAUUGAAACAGUUCCUCUUCCAUCAGUGGUUAGAGGAUAACUGCCCAGGAGCUCAUUUUAUUUUUAAUGGUGAUGAUGAUGUAUUUGUGAACACUUUCAAUGUUGUCACCUAUCUAAGUGGACUGAAGGCAGAUGAUCACCUCUUUGUUGGACAGCUAAUAGCCAAUGUCGGACCUAUUCGUGAAUCUGGUAGCAAAUAUUAUGUGCCCAUCCAGGUAACCAGUUCCAAUUCCUACCCAAUGUAUUGUGGCGGUGGGGGAAUUCUUCUAUCCAGAUACACUGCUCUUACCAUUUACAAUAAGUCCUUGGAAAUUUCCCUAUUCCCUAUUGAUGACGUUUAUCUAGGCAUGUGUCUGGCAAAGGCUGGCUUAGUCCCAGCCUCUCAUAUGGGAAUGAGGACAGUAGGCGUGCAUGUGCCAUCUGAAAAAUUAGACUCUUUUAACCCGUGCUAUUAUAGAGAACUUCUAAUGGUACACCGUUUUGUGCCAUACCAGAUGCUGGUCAUGUGGAAAGCUAUACAAGAUCCUCAUCUCAACUGUGGACAGAAGCUCUCUCUAUAUAUAGGCCAGUAACAGGGAUGGACUUGGGAAGAUUUUUAAGCCAUAUACCAUUUGACACUUCUAACAAAAACCGCCUUACCUAGAAGACCCGAAGAAAGGAAAAUCUGUAAUGCCCAUGCAAACUGGAAACCAGAGUAGAAAUCUGAAUCAAACUGUUCAUUCUCUCAUUCUCUCAUUUACACUGUGAAUGAGAAUGUUGCAACAUUUUUCCUUUCUUUUAUUUUUUAUUAAGAACCAUUGUGUUACUUGAUUAAGCACCUGUCUUCAGACUUGUUUAUGCUUCUUUUUGUUAACUUAUUCUCAAUUUUGUAUUAAAGUAAUUUAACUUGA